UGGCAAGUGUAAGAUUCAGAGUCACAAAAGCCAGUAGAAGGCAGUUAUGAUCGGAUCAGUGACGACAACGGUAAACGAAUAAAAGAGAGCGGCUAAAAAUGUCCUUCUCCUCCUGCACUUCAUCGCUGCUCACAAUUCGACCUCUGCCGACCAAGAAAAACCCCAUAACCAAACCCACAAAAGCACGCCUUUUUGUCAAAACUAUGUCCCUGAAUCAGAACCAGAACUCCCCAAACCCCAAUCCCAACCUCUUAACUUCCAUCACUAAGCUCCUGUGGGGCCAAUCCCUCCCGCCCCAGCUCCUCAUCUCCGCCGUCCGCACCACCUGGUCCACAGCCUGGCACCUCAUGAUGUCACAGAUGGCCCCUUCCGACCCUUCCGGGAGUUACGCGCGACCCGCUUCCAAAUUCCGCAUCCACCACGCCUCCUCCAACAUUUCCCGCCAAAACCUCCACCUUUACGUUGGCCUCCCUUGCCCCUGGGCCCACCGCACCCUCAUCGUCCGGUCACUCAAGGGCCUCGAAGACUCCGUACCCGUCUCAGUUGCGUCGCCGGGCAUUGACGGAGCUUGGGAGUUCCGGGAUAGUGGUCAUCCUGUCUCGGACCGGGAUAUGCUCGUCUCAACCUCGGACAAGGCCCAAGGAUGUACAACCUUAAAACAAGUUUAUAAUUCAAGGCGCGGCGGUUAUAACGGUCGGUCCACCGUCCCAAUGCUCUGGGAUGUCAAGAAAAAAGAUGUUGUUUGUAACGAGAGUUAUGAUAUCAUCGAAUUUUUCAAUUCGGGAUUGAACGAGAUAGCAGGCAAUCCGGGAUUAGACCUUGCACCGCCUCCGUUGAGAAAAAAGAUUGAUGAAUGGAAUCAAAUUAUAUACCCCAAAGUCAACAAUGGGGCUUAUAGGUGUGGUUUUGCACAAAGUCAAGGAGCAUAUGAUACCGCAGUGAAUCAGCUGUUUAGUGCAUUGGAUAUGAUAGAUGAUCAUUUGGGUGGGUCUAGAUACUUGUGUGGAGAUGAAUUGACUCUUGCAGAUGUAUGUUUGUUUACUACAUUGAUCAGGUUUGAUCUCGUCUACAACGUUCUGUUCAAGUGCACAAAGAAGAAGCUGAUUGAGUAUCCCAACCUUCAUGGUUAUUUACGAGAUAUUUAUCAGAUUCCAAAGGUUGCAGCGACUUGUAAUUUUGUUGCUAUCAUGGAUGGCUACUACAAAACUCUCUUCCCUCUCAAUCCGGGUGGCAUUCGGCCGAUCAUACCUUCAGAUUGUGAGCAUGAAGCGCUUUCCAAACCCCACAACAGGGAAUCCCUCUCAUCGACUAGAAAUGAUUUGGUUGCCUUCCAAAGAGACAGAUGCAUUUUGUGCUCCAAGCCUAAAGUUUAAAUUCUAGUAAAAUUCGUUCUCUAGAUUUAGAUGCUUAGAAGGGAAAAUUGAGGGCUUCUGCCGGACAUUUCAAAUUCUGUGGUGGUGAGAUUUUUUCUUUUCUUGGACCCUAGCAAUGCCAUCCAUGGUGUCAUCCCCGAAAACAGAGCUUUUCGCUUAAUAGCUAAUCGCCAGUGGCUUGUUUUCGGUUUCCUACUUCAAGCAGAGCUAUAUGUAAUAUAUAUACAUGCAAAGAGCUGAUACAAGUCAUCAUCCCGCCAUGGAUUGGCGGAUGGUAGGUAUCCCAACUUGUUGCGUGAUAAAAUAGAAUGAUCAAACAGGUGCAGUAGGCAAUGGACAAGAGUAGACAUUCCCUUUGCACAGAAAACUACCAUUCAGUAGAUUUGCUACUCAACAAGGUAAAUACUUAAACGUCAAUUUUUACAACAAGAACAGGACAGUGAACCAUGGCAAAAUUCGCAUCUCCCUCCCCCAAAACAAAACCAAAGAAAGACGUUCAUGAAUUUGUCUUCCCAAGUACAACUGGCUCAUUGGAAUAAGCCUACUCAAAAUCACUGUCUCCACAAACGUCUAAUAAAAUUAAAGAAACUAGGUCAUUUA